CAAGGCUCGGUUCCUGCUUCCGCUUCUUUCCUCCAUUUCCUGUUGGGCGCGAGCUGAGCCAGGCGAGGCGUGUGGACUCUGCGUUUCCCGUUUUCAUCGCUGUAAACAGUUCUGCCAAGAUGGUCAAUGUGCCUAAAACCCGAAGGACUUUCUGUAAGAAGUGUGGAAAGCAUCAGCCUCACAAAGUGACCCAGUAUAAGAAAGGCAAGGAUUCCCUGUAUGCCCAGGGGAAGAGGCGCUAUGAUCGGAAGCAGAGUGGCUACGGAGGGCAGACAAAGCCGAUUUUCCGAAAGAAAGCUAAAACCACAAAGAAGAUUGUGCUGAGGCUUGAAUGUGUUGAGCCUAACUGCAGAUCCAAGAGGAUGCUGGCCAUUAAGAGAUGCAAACAUUUUGAACUGGGAGGAGAUAAGAAGAGAAAGGGCCAAGUGAUCCAGUUCUAAGCUUUGGGCUUCUUGUUUUAUGUUUGAGAGGAAAAUGUCGAAGCUGUAGAAAAAUUCCCUGUAUGAAAAUAAAUACAGUGAUAUUCUUAC